UUCAAAGAAUGCGUCGCAAGACAAUAUAAUUUACAAGACAUUAGUUAAUAUAUUUUUUUUGUCUGUAAAGAACACAUAACAUUGUAUUGUUAUUUAUCGCAAGAUGAAAAACAAACGACUUGUAAAUCAUUUGUUUGCCGAUAAACAAGUAUUAUAUUUCAUUGUUUUUAAUGCUUUUUUUCGAUUGAUCAAUUUCAAUCGAUCUAUUUCUGGAAUAGGUCAAUGGACAGAAUAUAUGAAUUUGGAAAAGACGUCAACAAUCGAAAAUAAGUGAAUAGUGGACAUUGAUUUUUUCUAUGCAAUUACAUUUUUGUACUUUACAAGUAAAUUAUAUUGGUGGUACUAUUUUCUUUCGAUAUUGUACAAAAAGGUUUCUAAAUUUAUUACAUGGCGUUGUUCAGCCGCCAUUCCUUAAUUCCCCUUCCAACUGCGACGAAAGUUCGAUAUUAACGCGAAGAGGAGGAUUAAGUAGUUUGAAGGAAGCCGUGUGGUCACACGAGGGUAUACGCGGAGGAUUCGUAUUGUUCUCGAUGGCAUUACAUAUGCGAGGGAGGGCUUUGCAAGAAACAAUUAAUCACGAAGGAAACGAUUGCUCCGGUAUCGUUGGAAAUCUAAAAAAUGGAACGCAAAUUAGGCAUCUGUUGGAAGAAAAUGUAAUUUUACUGAGAAAAAAUGCGAAGAAAUCUGUCAGAAAAUUAUUAGAGACCGGUGGUUCCGUGAUGUUUUUGCGAUUCAUUGGAAUUCUCGAAACUGAUAAUAUUAAAUUGACUCUACACACGGACGAAAGUUAUACCCUGACGGUUUCCAAGGUGGACAAAUCGAUACUAAACGCAACGAUAACGGCAAAAUCUUAUUUUGGUGCACGCCAUGCCUUAGAAACGUUGAGCCAAUUGAUCGUAUUCGACGAUUUACGAAAUCAAAUUGAAAUUCCGAGCGAUGUUUCGAUUUCCGAUGGACCUGUUUAUCCUUACCGUGGUAUAUUACUGGACACCAGUCGAAAUUACUUUGACAAAUCCGCAAUAUUACGAACGAUCGAUGGAAUGGCCAUGUCGAAGUUAAACACUUUUCAUUGGCACAUUAUCGAUUCCCAUAGUUUUCCUUAUGUAAGUAGAACGUGGCCAAAAUUUUCGAAAUUUGGCUCUUAUACGGCCACGAAGAUUUAUAACGAGGAGGAUAUCAAAGAAAUCAUCGCGUAUGGACUUAUUCGAGGCGUUCGAGUUCUACCUGAAUUUGAUGCACCUGCCCACGUAGGGGAAGGAUGGCAAUGGGUGGAGGAUGAUGCCGUCGUUUGUUUCAAAGCUGAACCCUGGAGAAAGUAUUGCGUUGAACCACCCUGCGGUCAACUUAAUCCGACUAGUGAAAAAGUAUAUGAAAUUCUCGAAGGAAUCUAUAGAGAUAUGAUUCAGGAUUUCCAACCAGACAUUUUUCAUAUGGGCGGAGAUGAAGUGAAUUUGAACUGUUGGAAUUCUUCGAGCGCUAUAACAAGUUGGAUGCAAACUGUGAAAGGUUGGAAUCUAUCGGAAUCAAGUUUCUACAUGCUUUGGGAUCAUUUUCAGAGCAACGCAUUGAAAGCAUUAAACGUCGCCAAUGACGGUAAAGAUAUACCUGUUGUUUUGUGGACCAGCGGUUUAACCAGCGCUGAAAAUAUUCAAUAUCUGAAUCCUAGCAAAUACAUUGUACAAAUUUGGACAACUAAAGACGAUUCUACCAUCGAUAGACUGUUACGAAACAAUUUUCAAAUAAUUUUUUCAAAUUACGAUGCGCUUUAUUUGGACUGCGGUUUUGCAGCUUGGAUAGGCGAAGGUAAUAAUUGGUGUGCACCUUACAAAGGUUGGCAAAAUGUUUAUGAUAAUUCUCCUUUGAUGAUAAUCCGGUCAAAACGUCUCGAGAAUAAGAAGAAUCUUAUAUUAGGAGGAGAAGCAGCUCUUUGGGCUGAGCAAGCUGAUAGUGUUACGAUUGAUUCAAAAAUUUGGCCUAGAGCUGCGGCACUUGCCGAAAGAUUGUGGGCAGAACCAAACUCGUCUUGGAUUCACGCAGAGCAGAGAAUGCUCAGGCAGAGAGAACGAUACGUAACGAGAGGAAUCUCUGCCGAAAGCUUGCAGCCCGAGUGGUGUUUGCUAAAUCAAGGUCUCUGUUACGCGUAACUAUUGCUGUGCCAUUACUAUAUUACUAUUAUACUCAAAUUAUUUUAUAAGUAACUAAUAAACAGCUGUUUUCUUAUAAAUACAUUUAUAAGAACCAUUCUGUUCGCUUCGCGCUUCAACUCUAUUCGU